GAUAAACGUACGAAUGGCUUGUCAGCGCGCCCGCGGGUAUGACGUCGGCGUCCUGGCACCCGAGAUCGCCGAGGCCAUCGCACUGUUCAUUCCCUGCGCCGCCUCCUUUGAGCGUUUCACGAAGGCGCUCCCAGCCUCGGCUACGACAUCGGCACUGGCGAGCCUCGCUCGGCUUUUCUCCGAGCCGGCACUCAGCAUUGCUUGGCCUAACGUGGAGGUGCGCAGCCCGAGCCUCUCGCGCGCCGCAGCCAAAGACCUCGCCGCCAUUACAGCGCUAGCACCAAAGCGCGUCGUCGUCAGCUACAAGAUCGAGAACCGCAAAGAUCUCGGAAUCGUGGCUGGCAUUGCGCCGUGGAUCACAGAGCUGACGUUCUACCUCGGCGACGAAUCCUUAUUCAGCGUCAUUGACGCGGCUACGUGGGCGUACUACCGCACAACGCUUGCGUCCUGCCAACGCCUCGAGACGUUCGUUCUUUCUGAUUGCUCGGCUGGCUACGGCGCGCUCGACGGCGUCUUCUUCGACCUGCCAUGCCUUACGUCGCUCACGAUCGGCGCCUACAACGGCUUUGACGGCAACCUCCAAUGCCACGUGAAGCCCGCGUUUACGGCGCAACUCACCAAGUGGCUGCAGACGCAGCCCGUGACCACGUUGGGACUGGACUUUGUCUGGUUCGGCCUGGACCCAGACACCCCGAAGGUCCUCGCGCUCUGCGAUGCGAUCUCCAACUGCACGACGCUCACCGCGCUUCGCCUCAACAACGUCGACGUUUUUGCUGAGUUUUUGAACGGGCGGCCACUGCCCGAGCGCUUGAAGCGCCUCGAGUGGGACGUCGACGACUACGACGGCACCGACGAUUCCCAGGACGGCUGGGACAACUUUGUCGCGGCGCUGGUCCACGGCCCACAGCUUCAGCACCUCGGCUGCAAACACUUGGACGCGCUCAUGGAGGAAGACGACGUCCUCGAGAAGGUCGAAGGCCUCACGUCGCUCGAAGCCCAUUACGUGGGCCGCGAUGUCGUCGGCACGCUGGACGUGCUCCAGCUUCUGAGCAACAUGCCCAACUUGAAGCACCUCCAGCUCAAGCACUCGAGUUUUGCGAACGAGACGGCGCGGAUGCUCUUCGCAACCGUGUGUACGCGGUCGCGGCUCGAGACGUUCGGGCUCGGGUCGCACCAGCUGGAGGCCAACGACGCUCGCCAGCUCUUCCAGGUCAUGCCCCACGUCCCAAACUGGCCACUCAAGCACCUCGACUUGUCCGAGCACGACUUUGACGUCGACGACAUCGUUGCCAUGCUGCCAACGAUGAAUGCGGCGAUCAAAAACCUCCAGGUCGUCCAGCUCCAAGGCGAGUGGGGCAAAAAAGAGCUGGCGCAGUUUGCGGCCGCCGUCCGGGCGCUUCCGGAUCGCCACUUUGUCAUUGUCCCGCGCUGGCCGCAUGCAGCGUUUCGAGCCCAGUGGUCUGACAUCAUGCCGGUCUCCGACACGUCCCCCCUUUGCAUGGUUUUUGUAUAGUGAAUGGGACGUUCAGCACAUAUUCUGUAUCAUUGUGAACAUGAUCCUGUGUAUGGACAGUACAGAAGCCACCGACCAACUCCACCGAGCUACUCAACUGGAAGUGCUAUGGGUACACAGUUCUGGUGCACUGCUCGUCCACCGGGUGUGCCAACUCGAGUUGAGUCCCGAUACAGGGGCAUGUAGUGUCAGCAUGAAGUCGCUAU